GGGACUAAAUUAAAUUCUGCAGUUUUUGUCUAACAGCAAUAAGUAAAAGUGAAACUAAAGUACAGAAUAAGCAGAAGUCAUUACUGAGCUCAGAACAGACUGAGACAAAAUGGCGUCUGGAUCUUCUCUCCUGGAAGAGGAGCUCUCCUGUCCUAUGUGCUCUGAAAUCUUCAGGGAUCCUGUUCUCCUGAGUUGCAGUCACAGCUUCUGUAAGGCCUGUCUGCAGCAGUCCUGGGAACAGAAGGAAUCUCGGGAGUGCCCAGUGUGCAGGAGAAGAUCUUCAAGGGAACUACCUCCCAUCAGUCUAUCUCUGAGGAAUGCCUGUGAGGCGUUUUUGAAGGAGAGAAGUCAGAGAGCUAAAGCAGGAUCUGAAGUGCUCUGCAGUCUGCACAGUGAGAAACUCAAACUCUUCUGUUUGGUGGAUCAAAUACCCGUCUGUGUGAUCUGCCAAUCUUCAAAAAAACAUGCAAACCACGAACUGCUACCAGUUCAGGAGGCUGCAGAAGAUUAUAAGGAGAAACUCAGGACUGCACUGGCUCCACUGCAGGAGAAGCUAAAAGCCUUUAAUGCAGUGAAACUAAUCUGUGAUAAAACUGCAGCGCACAUCAAGAGCCAGGCCCAGCACACAGAGAGACAGAUAAAGAUGGAGUUUGAGAAACUUCAGCAGUUCCUAAAAGAUGAAGAGGCAGCCAGGAUCACUGCACUGAGGGAGGAAGAGAUGCAGAAGAGUCAGAUGAUGAAGGAGAAGAUUAAGAAGAUGACAGAAGAGAUAUCAUCCCUUUCAGAACAAAUCAUAGCCAUAGAACCGGAGCUGGGAGCUGAAGACGUCUCAUUCCUGCAGGUAAGACCUGUUCACUCUGUGUCUGCAGGACUCUAUACAAACUGCUGUUAAUGCUCACACACAUUCAUUUAUAGAAUAUUAAUAAUAUUCUUGCAUUUAUAUAGCGCCUUUCCAAAUGCUCAAAGUGCUUUACAGUGAGGGAGAACU